AUGGACUACAACACUAAAGACGGUGGCCCUCGCGUGAUUCGCCUCCCGCCGUACAAGUAUGUUCAUGUCCUGGACACGAACUCGAACGUGUCGCGCGUGCUGGCGGGCCCGCUCACCUACACGCGGCAGGAGCACGAGCACGUGAUGACGCCGCCUCAGAACAUGAUUGUGUUGCCGGCGCAGCACUACGUCGAGGUGCGCAACCCGGUGGUUUGCUCCGAAGACGGCAAGAUCGUGCGCGACGCCUUCGACCAGGCCAAGCUCAAGCACGGCGAGAUCGAGUUCCGCAUCUUCGACAAGUACCCGGAGCCGUUCCCGUUGUAUCCAGGCGAAGAGCAGGUUGGCGAGAUUCGACAGCUUCGAGUGGUGGCCGUGGAUACUGCGCUUCGCAUCCGCGCGACGCGCAAGAUUGGCAAGUACGUGGCCGGCGACGAGUGGCUCUUUGUAGGUCCUGCAACGUACUACCCACGCGUGGAGGAGGAAAUCUUCGAUGUCGUACACGCCAUUGUCGUGAAGAAGAACCAGGCCAUCAAGUUUCGAGCUGAGAAGAAGUGCACGGACUCGCAGGGAAUCGAGCGCGACGCUGGAGAAGAGUGGCUUGUCCGCACGCCGGGCGCGUACCUCCCGCAGAUCGACGAGGUGCAUGUCGAGACGCUCCAAGCACACAUCUUGACUCUGGAUACUGCGCUGCAUUUGCGGGCGCUGCGCACCUUCAAGGAUGUAUAUGGCAUCUCGCGCCGCGCCGGUGAAGAAUGGCUGAUCACGACGGAGACGACGGAGACGCAUGUGCAGGACGUGCACGAAGAAAUACUCGGGUACGUUCAAGUCACAAUUCUCACCAACCGCCAGUACUGCAUUGUGGUGGACCCCGUGGUGAACGGAGUGCAGCGUCGUGGCACUCGUGAGCUGCGCAAGGGUGAAGCUAGCUUUUUCUUGCAGCCUGGAGAGCAGCUAGAGAAUGGCCGCGUGGAGGACAUUUGUGUCCUGGCGGACGACGAAGCUGUUUUGCUCCAGGCAGUCGAGUCGUUCACACCCAGUGGCGUUCGGCGUGAAGCUGGCGAGCGAUGGAUGGUGCACGGCCCACGCGAGUACAUCCCACCCAUCGAGGUGAAAGUACUCGAGACCCGUAGGGCUAUCCCACUCGACGUGAACGAAGGCGUGUAUGUGCGCGAACGCAAAACAGGCCACGUUCGUGCCGUCAAGGGCGAGACGUACAUGCUACAGCCAACCGAGGAACUCUGGGCGAAGCAGUUGCCGCCGGCAGUGGAGGAACUAUUGUCUUCCCAGGCAUGCGGAUCAGCCUACGUGACAGAUCCUACACAGUCGAACAAGGUGGCGGCGAGCCUUGGCCGCACCUGGCACCCCACGAAGAGCGCAGCACAACAACGUGACCCCACGCGCGUAGUGACUUUCGAGGUACCGCACAAUGCAGGCAUCCAAGUGUACGACUACAAGACCACAUCGUCGCGUAUUUUGUUCGGCCCGACGCUUGUGAUGCUUGAACCGGACGAACAGUUCACCGUCUUGCGUCUUUCUGGCGGCGUGCCGAAAGAGCCCAACGUGAUCCGCACACUGUGUCUUCAGCUCGGCCCGGACUUUAUGCGCGACCAGAUCAUCGUCGAGACAUCGGACCAUGCGCGGCUGUCACUCACCAUUGCGUACAAUUGGCGCUUCCGCGUCGACUCGACCAAGCCUACGGAUGCUGCCAAGAUCUUCAAUGUCAAGGACUUCACUGGUGAUGCGUGCAAAACGCUGGCGUCGCGCAUCCGCGGAGCUGUCGCCGUGCAAGACUUCGACUACUUCCACAAACACAGCGCGCAGAUCAUCCGGACAUCCAUCUUUGGGCUGGACGAGAACAAGAAGCUGCGCGACGAGCUGGUAUUCCCUGCUAACAACCUCUGCAUCACAAAUGUGGACAUCCAGUCGGCCGAGCCCGUGGAUCAGCUCACGCGCGAAAGCCUGCAGAAGUCUGUGCAACUGGCGAUUGAGAUCACGACCAAAUCGCAGGAGGCGCGCGCUAAGGCCAUCGCAAUGAAAGAGGAGGAGGCGGCCAAGGGAGAGCUGCUAACGCAGCAGCUCGAGAACCAGUCGAGCGCAGAGCAAGCGCGUAAGAACUUGGUGCAGCUGACGGCCGAGUGCAAGGCCGUUGAGGAAGAGGCUACCGCCGUGAGUCGAGCACGCGCCCAAGCCCAGGCCGCGGAGAUUGAGGGCCAGGCAGCCGAGGAUCAGAUGCUGAGCGUGGCCCACGCCGAGCGCCUGGCCGAGGUGGAGGUGCACAAGAAGCGCGAGCUGAUGUCCAUCGAGGCCGAGAAGUUCCAGCAAAUGGUGAGCAGCGUGGGGCAGGAGACGCUGGUGGCGCUCGCGCGCGCGGGCCCUGACGGCCAGGUGAAGAUGCUCGAGGCGCUGGGGCUCAGCGGCUACCUCAUCACCGACGGCAAGAGCCCCGUGAACCUGCUGGGCACGGCCGAGGGCAUCAUCCGCGGCAUCUCCAACGCGGAGCAGUGA